UCAAGAAGAUAAUGUCUUCCUCCGACCUUAGCUGAGUGUCCUAUGCUCUCAAAGAAGAUUAGGCUCAGUGUUUGUCAGUUCAAAUGAAAUAUGUUUUAAAAAAGAAAAGACGAGAAAUGUAAGCACCAACAACCCACCUAAGAACAAAAAAGAGACCAAAUUCUGAAAUUAUUCCAUUAAUAAACCCACCAAUAAAAUAAAAUAAAAAGUAAAAAGCAUUCUUACACAACAAUGGAGUGUGAAAAAGAAACAUUGAGACCUUCCCCCUUCCCUUCAAAGCAAGGAAGGAACCCCAUCUUCCUCACACUUCCAAACCCUUUUUCCCCCAACAUUCAAUCCCCUAUUUCUCCACUAAUCUUCUUCUUCUUCUCCCCAUUUCUACAUUAAUCCUCUUCUUCUUUCUAACCCCAAUUUUUGCAAUAUGAGUCUCAAGCUUCUCACCAUAAUCUCCUUCCUUCUAACAUCCACUCUCCUCUCUUUUCUCUUCAUCCAAACCAAAUUAACCAAACCCAUUUCCGCCAUUAAACCCCUAAUCAACUCCAUCUACUUCCCCAACUCAAAUCUCUCUUAUCCCCUCUCUUUCGCCUACUUAAUCUCCGCCUCCGCCGGGGACGCUCCCCGUCUCAUCCGCCUUUUGCCCGCCAUCUAUCAUCCCGCUAACCACUAUUUGAUCCACAUGGAUCAGGGUGCCUCCGACUCAGACCACCGCCAAAUCGCCGAGUUCGUGAGCCGGAAUCCGGUUUUCAGGCAAGUUGGGAAUGUUUGGAUGGUGGGAAAACCGAGCUUGGUUACUUAUAGAGGGCCGACUAUGCUUGCUACCACACUACAUGCGAUGUCGAUUCUUUUGAGGACUUGCAAAUGGGACUGGUUUAUCAAUUUGAGUGCCUCUGAUUAUCCUUUGGUUACUCAAGAUGAUAUGAUUCAUGCUUUUUCUGAUUUGCCAAGAGAUCUCAAUUUCAUUCAACAUUCAAGUCGUUUGGGAUGGAAGCUGAAUAAAAGAGGGAAACCAAUUAUAAUAGACCCAGGGCUUUACAGCAUGAACAAAUCAGAGAUUUGGUGGGUUAUUAAACAAAGAACUCUCCCCACUGCAUUCAAGCUUUACACAGGUUCAGCUUGGACAAUACUAUCAAGAUCUUUUGCUGAGUAUUGCAUAGUGGGUUGGGACAAUCUCCCAAGAACUCUCCUCCUUUACUACACCAACUUUGUUUCCUCACCAGAGGGAUACUUCCAAACCCUAAUAUGCAACUCUGAUGAAUACAGAAACACCACAGUCAACCACGAUCUUCACUACAUCACUUGGGAUACACCUCCCAAGCAACACCCCCGCUAUCUCGGCCUCGCAAACUACAAGAAAAUGGUGACUAGCAACCGUCCCUUUGCCCGAAAGUUCAAGGAGAACGAUCGUGUUUUGGACAAAAUCGAUCGUGACAUCCUAAAGAGACACCAUGGCCGAUUUGCCUACGGCGGGUGGUGUUCAGGGAAUGGGAGAUUCGGUUCUGGGUCUUGCUCAGGUUUUGAAGCUGAGAACUAUGGUGUUUUGAAGCCUGGACCGGGUUCUAGGAGGUUGAAGACUUUGCUCAAUAGGAUGCUUUCUGUUAGGUACUUCAAUAAGAUGCAAUGCAGAUAGAUAUAAACUAUUCUUUGGCUGGCUUUAGUACUAUAUAUAUGCAUGAAUAAAGUCUCUAUUUAGUUUUGUUU